AUGGAGAGGCUGAGAGCCCUUCGAGGUGAGUCCCUCCACCUGGACCCCGUGACGCUGCCCGAGCACACGUGUGCCUCCAGUGUCUGUUUAGGACAUUGUGCCAGCAGCACUGUCCUUGCUCUGCCGAAUGCAGCUGCCCGCCAUGGUUUGCCCAGCACCCCAGCAAGGGGAAAGCUCCCUCUCCUGCCCCCGCCAACCACUCAUACCCCUGCGCUGUGGGGCUGGAGGAGCGUUCCUCCCACAGCUGGCCGGGUACUCGGCCCUGGCUCCAAGCAACACCAGCGGCAGCUGCUCUGCUCUUUCCUUCCAGGUCUCUUUGCUUGUGUGGGCUGCGUGCCCAGACGGACGCGUCGCAGGGAGAGAAGCAGGGUGUCAAGCCCUGUCCCUACCUGCGCCGCGACCUUACUGCUUCAGCGCCUGCAAGAUCAGGAGGGUGACCGAGCGCAGGCGUACUGUGAGCUGGAGAGCGCCCUGUGCCAAGACAGCAGCCGCCCGCCGUGCGGAGUGGUGAACCGGCUGCUGGCAGAGGUGUCCCGGGACCUGACGGCAGCCCAGGGCGUGACCAGCUAUGUGAGGACAGCUGCCAGCAAUGUCCUGGUGGCUCUGGCUCGGACGCACUUCACCUUGGUGAUGGCUGAGCUCCAGAGCCACCUGAAGGCCACGGGGGACAUGUGCAAGGAGUUGGUGCUCAUCACCCUGAGCAAACUCUUCAGCACCUAUGCUCCACAGUGCAUCCCCUUUGUGUGGCUGAUGCUGGCAGGCCUGCGCAGUGUGGUGGGCCAGGUGAAGAGUGGCCAGAUCCUGCGCAUCGCUUGUGCUGUUGUGAAACAGUGGCUGGAUGGAGUGAAGAUUCACUUGUCCGCAGGAAUGCAGUGCCCCUGGCCUGCCAUGGAGAAAGAGCGGAUCUAUGAGAACCUUCACGAGCUGCUCUUCUCCGUGAUGUGGAACUGGCAAGACCGCCAGGAGGAAAAGGACAAACAGGCCAUCCUUGGGGCUGUGGCUGCCAUGUUGGAUGUUCUCCUGCAAGAGGAGCGGCACCAAGAGCACGUCUGGGAGCAGCUCCUCUGGCUCGUUCACCCGUGUCAGGAGAUCCAAGACACCUGCAGGGUGGCCAAGAGCCUCACUAUCUUCCUGGAGGCCUUAGGGGGCACUGAAUCUGUCAUUCCAAGGGACCAGUUUCUGGAUGUCACUAGCGCUGUGUUCUACCAGCUCUAUGACGACAGCAAGCAGCACAGCGAGGCUGCUCGUGCACAGCUGACCCACUGCAUCAUGCUGCAGGCCCGGAUCUGCCCAGAGGAAACCAUCCUGUUUCUGCAGUCGCAGCUGGGCGAUGACUGGGAGCCUGGAUGCGUGGCAGCCCUGGGUCUGCUGGGUGCUCUGGCUCGCUCUGAUGAGCCCAUGAUGACAGAGAAGCUGCCCCAGGUCGUCGAGGCUGUGCAGUGUCUGUGCAGCAACCCCAGCAUCCGGGUGAGGAUGGCUGUUCUGCAUUUCAUUAGUGAUCUGUUCACUGCUAAUGCCUGGAGCUGCUCAGCCUGGGAUGUGGUGGGGCACAUCUUCAGGGAGUUCAGCCGCACCACGGCAAGAAGGGCAUCCGGACACCUUUCUGCCCAGGAAGCCCAGGAAGAAGGAGCUCUCCAGGAGCUGUGCAUGGACAUCCUGGGAUCACUGGACGUCUCUGUGAGAGGGAUGUCCAAACUCCUGUGGCCGCGGCUGCUGUUGUUUGUGGUGCCAGCGCAGUACACGGGUAUGCUGAUCCCAGUCUCCCGCUGUGUCUGUGCCCUGGCUGAGAGAGAGGAGCUGACAGGACGGCCGAUAGAACAUCUGGAUCCCCAUUUUGUCAGCUCCAUGUUUCAAGGCCCACUGCUGACGCCCCACAUACUGCUGGCACGACUGCUGGUGGUGGCAGGCAGCCCUGUUGCAGGCAGCAAACUCCAAGCCGCUGCCUUACUGCUGAUGAAAAACCUCCAUGGCAGGUUCCACAGAGCUGUGGGGGCCAUGUGGGCUGCUGAGAUCCCCCUGCUGCUGCAGUGCCUUGAAGGGAGAAAUGAGAGCUUCCCGGACACUGCCGAGUUUGAGCGCCGUCUGCUAAAGUUCCUGAGGGCGUCAGUGGACACCGUAGAUGAUGAGGCGUGGACCGAGGCCCUGAGCAGUGAGCUGAGCCGGCGACUGAGCAGCUCUGCCAGCAGCUCUGCAGAAAAGUCGUUCCCGUACAAGGCUCUGGGCACAGUGCUGGGAUCCUGCAAGGGAGUCCUCCACGUCCAGGAGAAGCUGCUGCAGCACCUGGAGGAGGCCAAUGAGGAGGAACCAUGUGAGGUCCAGGGAAUCAUCUCUCUUCUCAGCCAUGCUGCUGAGAACAACUUCCACACAGUCCUGGCCACGCUCACCAUGUUUGCGUCCAGGCUGUGCAAAGGCCGCAACGCCAGGAUUUCCAGGCGCAAGAAGAUGGAGCUGGACAGCACGAGAGCUCAUGCCACACGCAGCGCUCUCAUGCUCGCCCACGGCAGCGUGGCACUGCGUGCCUCCAAGGAACAGCUGCUCGCCCACCUGGAGGGAGACAUCGUGGGCAACAUCCUGAUGCUGUACAGCUGCAGCUGCCGGGACUUGCAGAACAACCUCGCGCUGCUGCAGAGCAUCACCGACUGCAGCUCUGCCUUCCAAGCUGUGGGUGAUUCUGCAAGCUUUAACCGCUCCUUGAAGAGCAAGCUGCUGGAGAUCCUGAUGGACCUGAUGAAGAAGUACUACUCGGGCAUCCCUGUCUCCCCAGUGCCUCUGAAGGUGGUUCUGGCCCUGGAGCAGUUGAGCAAGCUGAAGCCCUCUUUUGAAAGCAAGGACAUGCGUGAGAUGUUGGUCCUGUGCUGCAAGAACAUCGUGACACAUCCUUCAGCAGAGAUGAUGCUGAAGAUCAGGAAGUCACAGCAAGCAGCACAGUACCUGCAGCUUCAGCAAACAUCACUGAAAGCUCUGGGCCGGCUCAUGGGGGUCCUGCUGGAGACAGAGCCCAGCGGUGGCUUCUUUCAGAACAUAGUCCACGUCCUGCAGAAAUCUAUGACAUCAACCAAUGUGUGGGAGCGCAAGAGGGCCCUGCAGACCUGCUCCCAGCUGCUGUCUGUUUGUGAAGAGCUUCAAAGAGGAGAUGCCUGUGAGCACUUUGGCUCCUUGGUGGGAUUGCUGGCGCCUCUGACAUGUGACCCCAUGCCCGCAUCCCGCCAGCUGGCCGUCACCUGUCUGACCUCCCUUCUGCGAAUCCAAGCCAAAGCAGUCAACACAGUCAUUGAGACAGGUGACAUCAAGAGCCUGUGCGAGGGGCUGCAUGCCUGCAGCAUCGCCUCUCAGCUCCAGACCACGUCCAAAAUGGCAAGAAUUGUGUGCAGAAACUUCCCCAUUGAACGCACCGUUGACUUCAUGGCGGCCAUCAAGGAGACCAUCCGGAAAGCCAACGGAGUGCGCGUGCGUGCGUGUGGGAAGUGGAUGACCACCUUCCUGCAGAUGCACGGGAAGGACAUCAGUUGGAACGUGCCACCGAUCCUCUACAUCCUGCGCAGCAUCACAUCGUUUGCGCAGCAGAGCACGUUCCUGCCCUUCCUGUGCCAGGCGGUGGUCAUCCUCACCCGCUGUCACACAGAGGCCGUGAUGAGCAACUUCUCCCGGCCGCUUGGGCCAACAGACAGUGAGACGUGGAAAAGAAUAAGAGAGUUUUGCCUUCAACGCUGGAGCCGGUAGAUGAACGAAGAGAAAGACAAAGAGGAGGAGGAGG